AUGCCAAACAGAAACACCUCCGCCGUUCUAAAUGGCGUUGCGGUGAGACAGGAUGCAGGCCCAAGUGGCAAUUGCACCCUCAGUAGCAGUGGGAUGUGUUCAUCUGACACGGCCACCACUCACGAUUCCAUCUCGAGGGAGCUGAGUUUCCCCUCGAAGUCAUCGUCGGACACAUCCUCGAAGGAGGAGCAGCAGCAGCGACACUGCGGUGGCGUGAGGGGGUACGUGCACUACGCGAUGCAGCAGAUGUGGUGCAUCCGCGAGACGCUCCAAAAGGAGCAGCUGCCGUGGAAGAAGGAUUUCUUCAACUACAAGCAAUUUUUCAUGCCGAAGAGCUCGUCCGAGGCAAUUGAACGGCUGAAUCUGAAUCUUCCAUUCUAUGGCGCCAACUAUGCGGUGGUAUUCUACUCGGCCACACUUCCGUUUCUUCUGCUGUACGACCCGGUGUUUUUUGUCCUGCUGCUCGUUUCCGCCAUUCUUGUGCACAGCAUUCACCUCCACGAGAAGAAGCGGGCAAAGUGCGGUGCGAACAUGUGCAUCGGGGGCGUAUCUAUACUAUACCAGAACCUUGUGGACGUCUACAUUAUCAUUUUAUGGAUACUCUUCUUCUUCAGAGACGGCCUCCGAACUCUUGGUCUCGUGCUGCUUCUCAACAGCAUUCUCAUCCUCCCCCACGCGCUGUGGCGCCGGCCCACCUACUUUGAUGAUGAAGAGCUGGAGAAGCUCCGCCCAAAGACGGUACAGUACAUUAUCACAUUGGUGUUGCUGGUGCUCGCAUACUUGGAGUGUAAGGGCGCCGGAGGAAAAAGUGGUGUGGUGCAGCAAGAGAUGGAAGCGGUGACAGAAGAUAUAAGCAUUGUCAUGAAACAAGAUCAACAACAACAACAAAAACAAUGCCAUCACCUGUGGAAGCCUCCGUUCAAAGAGAAUGAAUCGCCGUUACCUAAUAUACCUUUAAGGUGA